AUACAUCAAUUCAUGGCAUAUUUGAAAUGCAAAUGCCUUGGCAGUAAACUCUGCUCAAUGCCCGCGUGGAUAUGCGUGUGAACCAAUAAAUCAAGCUGGUUCAAGGGUUUUCAAUUGAAAUGUCUGACCCCUUGGUUAUUUGCGUUUGCGACUACUGGCAGCGGUGUCACUUCCACAAUCUUUCAAUCCGGGAGACCGGCGGCUCUUGUCGGGAAUCGAAGACCUUGAGGAGGAUGUGCAUCCAGGUGGACGCCAUCAAUGGGAAUUACUACCUGCGCGAGUUCCUCCAGCAAAAGGAGCUGUCCAGAAGCCUCAAGAGCAACCACGGCGUCCAGUUAGUUUGGCUGUCCUUCGAUCCCCCGGAAAAGGACACCGUGGACUAUCGAUUCGCGGACAUCCUGGCACGCACUCUGUGGGAGCACAUCGAAGUGGAGCAGCUCAUGUCCUGGCUUUCCACGCUGGGCGGUGGUUUCUCGGCCUUGGGAGAGCAAUUCGGACGAUGCGCGGAGACAGCCGGACAGAUCUCACUGCAGCAGCUGAAGAUUGGACUGUGCCUAGGAGAUCCCUUCCUACAAACGCGUUGCAAGCUGUACUUCAGCAUUUCCCUGAUUCAGCGGGGAAAACUCCGAGCGGCGAAGCACUUGAUCCGGGAGCAGUACUCUUUCGCGAGGAGCAACGCUGAGAAGGACAUGCGCCUGGUGCGGAUGUGCCUGGGCAUUUGGCAGCGACUUACCUACGAGUACGAGCAGCGGAGAAUGCGGAAAAUGAGCUCCAUAGACAUAUAA